AUGUCUGGUGAUCAGCCUACUCCCUCCACACCUCAGGUACUUUGGGCCCAGAGAAAGGACAUUUUAUACGUCACCAUCUCCCUAGGAGACGUGAAAGACAAGGUGAUAAAUGUAAAGGACGGUUCGCUACAUUUCAGGGGUAAAUCGGGUACUCCUAAGCCCAUUGAUUAUGAAGUAAAUUUAGAGUUUUACAGUCAGGUGGAUCCUGAGAGUGUGAGGCAAGCCAACACGUGCAGAGAGAUAUUCCUCGUAAUUAAGAAGAAAGAAUCUGGUUUCUGGCCACGUUUGUUGUCUACUUCUGCGAAACAACCUUGGCUACGUGUUGAUUUCAAUCGCUGGAAAGAUGAGGAUGAAUCGGAGCCCGAAUUCGGCGGUAUGGACGGUGACUUUUCCCGUCUACUUUCUGGUAUGUCCGACAACGAUGUCCCCGACCCGGGCAUGGAUGAUUUCGACUCCGAUGACGAUGGUAAGCUUUGUACUCAGCAACUUUGCUUGCGUGCUUCGUUCCCACGAUUUUGA